UAUAUCUCCUUUGCUCUAUAUAACCUCUUUUUAAUCCUUGAGAGAGAUGGCUACGAAAAAGCACCCGUUCGAAUUCCGAGUAAAGUCGUUUUCAGCAGCCGCUAUGUCGAGCCCAAAGCAGGGAGGUGGUUUCUUCAAGCUCCAAAUCAUGCUCAGAGUUUUGGCUAUCGUAUUCACAUCGGCUGCUAUGGUCACCAUGCUUACCAGCGACGAAACUGUCAAUUUCUUCGGGAUUUCGAUGCAGGCUCGUUACAGCUACUCGUCUGCAUUCAAGUUCAUACUGGUUGCAGACGCCAUUGCAUGUACUUGCUCUCUUCUAUCUGUAAUCUUCGCGUUCUUGCUAAGCCAUUCUGAGCCAAAUCCCAGCAGCUAUUUCGCUGUGUUUUUGCAUGAUCUGGUUCUGGUGCUGUUAAUGAUGGCUGGAUGUGCUGCAGCCUCUGCUGUUGGCAUGGUGGGUCGCGAUGGCAUAGCCCAGGUUGGGUGGUCGGCCAUAUGCAGUAACGUGGGCAAAUUCUGCCACAAAUUGACACUAUCUCUUGCCUUCUCUUUCAUGGUUAUGUUCUGCUACUUGGCGCUUGCGGUCUCAUCUGCCCACGAACUCAAGUAUUUGGCCGGAGGAACGAACAACCAGGUAUCAGAGGAAGGAGUUACCGAGGAAAAGUGAAAUAGAUUAACCCUCCAAGGAGAUGCUCUGUUUUCAAAUUUAGGUUUUCUAGUAUAUGUAAAUUAUAAAUUUGCGGGGGAUUACUUCAGUACGAGAUGCUCUGCCAUGUCUUUUAGUGCUGUGAAUAAUUGUCUGCGACAUAUUGUGGAAACAUGGUUCAUUACUCUUUCA